UGAUUCCUUUUGGAAGGGUUGUACAUGGCAACAGCUGUUGGGCUGGACUUAUGUGUUGCAGCCAGCCUCUGCGGGCAGACGCAGAGUAAAUUAUAAUUUUUGUUUUAUUGUUUUUUUUGUUUCUCUUUACCUCCCCCAACCCCCCCCCCCCACUCAUAUGCUUGAGAGAAAGAACGCGUGCAAUACUAUCCAUGAGCUCGAGGUUGGUACUGUACGUGUGUCUAAGGCUGAAUGAAAACACCAUACUUCAAUCCCGGUAGCAGUGUGUAUUUUUUUCGUCCCCGCCCCCUUUAUUUUUCUUUAAAGACGCGCAUUAACGCCGCAAGAUUGUUAGAGAGGUUUGCACGGCCAUUGUGAGGUGGUUUGGGGAAAGAGAAUUCAAUUUCUUGUUCAAAUUGCAGGAAUUAAACCCGCUGCCAAAGUUACAGCAUGAGUUCUUUAACCCGCCGCUAAAGGAACACGUUCUGCCAUAUUGAAUUCUCUUUUAAAAUACAUAUAUCUUUUAAAAGAAAGAGUUUUUUGUUGUUGCCGUGGAAGUGGGGAGCACAACCGCUGGUCUCGAGCCGACACAGUGUUGAGAGAUCCGUUCUCCGAAGGGGGAGGGGGUCUGAAGAAACCGAAGAAAAGAGGUAACAAAAAGAAUGAACGGUUUUAGUACCGAAGAAGACAGCCGGGAUGGCGGCGCCGGGGCUCCGGGCUUUGGCCACAUUUGCUGUCUGGUUGACGAUGGAGAGAGGUGUAACCGCCCUGCCGGCAACGCCAGCUUCAGCAAAAGGAUUCAGAAAAGUAUUUCGCAGAAGAAACUCAAACUGGAAACCGACAAGAACAGAUACCUUAAUGCUGCGAGUUUUGUGAAUUACCAGGUCCGACAUUUGUACAUAUGUGACUUCCACAAAAGCUUCAUACAAAGUGUGCGAAACAAGAGAAAGAGGAAGGGAAGUGAUGACGAUGGAGGUGAUUCACCAGACCAUGAUGCUGAAUCCCCGGAGGUCGAUUUGUUUCAAUUGCAAGUAAAUACACUGAGGCGUUAUAAGAGACACUUCAAACUACAGACUAGACCUGGCCUAAAUAAAGCUCAGCUAGCUGAGACAAUCAGCCGUCAUUUUAGGACCAUUCCAGUGAAUGAGAAGGAAACUCUAGCCUAUUUUAUCUACAUGGUGAAAAAUGACAAAAUCAGGCAUGAUCAGAAACCGGACAGCAACAUUCACUGAAAAAGACAAUAUCUGUGCUUUUAUUGAUCACACGAUCGCACAGUGACCAGAGGUUCCACUUCUAAAGUCAGUUGUAUUUAACUAUUUUAUUGUUUAAAAGCAUCUGCUAGAAUUGGCAUGUUUUUUUUACAUAAAAUUAAUUUUGCAAUUAUGAUUUCCAGUCUCAGAAUUUUAAUGUCUAGAUUAUGCUAUAGUUAAAUAAGAGCUACAGGAAAGCAGAAUUCCUUUUGUGUAUUUUAUUCUUGUGAGGUCCUACUCUGAAAGAGAACGUGAUGCUUUCAAACAAGCUUUUAUGUUACUGAGAGCUGAGAAUUGCUCAGCGUGUUCUUUCCCUUCCUAAUGGAAGCCGUGUGGCCAUGAACCAACAACGCCUCUCCGUGUGCAGAAGGUGGACAAUGUUGCAGAGCUGUGGCAGGUCAUCCACGCGGCCAGAUCUCUGCGUAGCGUUUGCUAUUUUUUUUUGUUAACUUGGCCUUUAAUGGGACCUUGCAGCAGGAAAAUGCGGCUGUGGAAAAUGAAGGCACACCGACAAAUCUUGUACUGCUUAUUCAUCCAUUUUCUUUUGUGCUGUUGAACAUUUAUCAUUGUGGGAGGUGAAACGCUGUCCUGUCUGCAAUAUGGUGAUCAACUGUAAAGUCUGAACUUUUGUGUGCACUGGGGUUCUCUUAGGAUUGAUUACAGUGUUAAUAUUUUUCCCUGUGCAUAUACACUUACAAUGUACUGUAUGAUGACACUCAGAAAUUUUGUAAUGUUUACACUUGUCAUCUUCAUAGGGUGUGGUUACAGAGGUAUGGCUUUGUUACUACUGUACCUUUAAGACAUUGUCAAUUUUGCAUUAAACAAAUGUGCCCAAAUUC